AUGGCCGAAACUUCAGUCGUUCCCAAGACCGCAGAGAACUUCCGUGCCCUCUGCACCGGCGAGAAGGGAGAGGGCAAGUCUGGAAAGCCGUUGAGCUAUAAGGGUUCCAUCUUCCACCGAGUCAUUAAGCAGUUUAUGAUCCAAGGAGGUGACUUCACCGAGUUUAACGGCACUGGUGGAGAGUCAAUCUACGGCGAGAAGUUCAAUGAUGAAAACUUCAACCUCAAGCACGACCGCCCAUUCCUGCUCUCUAUGGCCAACUCCGGACCAGGAACCAAUGGGAGCCAGUUUUUCGUCACCACCGUUCCCACUCCCCAUCUCGACGGCAAGCACGUUGUCUUUGGCGAGGUGAUCAACGGCAAGGGUAUCGUCCGCAAGGUGGAAGCGCUUCCCACCAGCUCCGAUGACAAGCCACACGCAGAGGUCAAGGUUGUUGCCUGCGGUGAAAUCAAGGGCGAAGAAUACGAAACUGCUACGCAGCGCCCUGUCGACCCGACUGGCGACAAGUAUGAAGAUUACCCAGAAGACAACAACGAAGAGCUCACAGGACCAGAAUAUUUCAAGAUUGCCUCUGAAUUGAAGGAGUUUGGCAACACCGCUUUCAAGGCCGGUGACGCACAAUUAGGCCUAGAGAAAUACCAAAAGGGCUUGCGCUACCUCAAUGAAUAUCCCGAGCCUGCCGAAAAUGACCCACCAGAGCUUGCUGCUCAGAUGCUGACCCUCCGAUUCGCUCUCCACUCCAACUCCGCCCUCCUAGCAAACAAACUGAAACGCUUUAACGACGGCAAAACCUGGGCUGGAUACGCUCUCGACCAGGCCAGUUAUGCCAAAGCCAAGGAUGCAGACCGGGCAAAGGCCCACUACCGACGAGCCAUUGCUCUCGCUGGAUUGAAGGAGGAGGAUGAAGCUCUCAAAGAUCUGGAAGCUGCUGCCAAGCUUGCCCCCAACGACGCUGGAAUCACUGCUGAGAUCACCCGUGUGAAGAAGAGUAUCGCUGAGCAGGACCGCAAGGCCAAGGCUGCCGCAAAGAAAUUUUUCUCUUGA